UCGAACUUCAGAAUUUCAGCUUUGAUGCAAUCAGAUUUCUCUUUUACGGUAAGUGAAAAGUAAUAAUAAAAGAAGACAAGAACCCACGAAAAGUAAGAGAUUGAAGUUUCCACAAUCCUAUAUAUAGAAGAAAGAACUCCAUCAUCAUCAAUCUCGCCCAAGACAAAUUCAUUCAACCCUUUACUGCCCCUUACAUUUCAGACCCCGACCUGCAGGUUUCGUUUCCUUCACUUUUUCUACGUUCCCUCGUCUUUUCCUGUAAAAGAAAUCAAAAGAAGAAUAGGGAAGUUUGUUUUUUCCUUUUUACUUGGCUAAGAAUUUUUUUCACCGGCGGGCCAUGUGACAUGUCGUCCAGUGGUGUAAACAACGUAACCAACGUCAUCGGUAGCCCCAAAACGACGAGAAGACGCGUGUUGGAAUUGUUCGACGCCAACAGGUUCUCAUAUUACAUAUCCGACGACGAGGACAACUGUAAUGGCUCUUUUGCCGGGGCCCAUAAUCGCAGCCAUUUUCGUCAUCAUCAUCCAUUGAUCAAGUAUGGCUAUUUUCGUAGGCAAAUAUUCUCGUGGGUGCCGGAGACGUGGACGGAUACGACUCUUCGGAGUUUGAGAUUCGGCCGGAGCUUGGCCCGGAAAAUUUUAUGGGCAAUUCUCUUGUUGGCCUUGGUUUCAGUCGUUUUUAAGGUAUUAUUUUUGAGUUGUUACGUCGAGAUUAAUGGCAAGAAGAGUAGAGAAAAAGGGAACGGCCGUGUCAUCUUGCAAACCGUUAGAGAAGAUUGGGGUGCCGUGCAACAUAUAGUUGCUGAACAUAAUGAACCCUUUAUGUCCAUGAGAGUUCUGGAAAAGAUAUCUACUCCAGAAAUUUGGAUGAAGCCAACCAGUGAUAAUUUUUACCAGUGCGUGGCUCGACCUAAGAGACAAAUAAAGACGAAAGCGAGCACAAAUGGCUAUCUUCUUGUUCAUGCUAAUGGAGGAUUGAAUCAGAUGAGAACUGGGAUAUGUGAUAUGGUGGCUGUUGCAAAGAUAAUGAAUGCCACUCUUGUUCUUCCUUCUCUUGAUCACGAUUCAUUUUGGACUGAUCCCAGUGAUUUCAAGGAUAUCUUUGACUGGAGGCAUUAUAAAAGUCUAAAAGAUGACAUUGAUAUAAUGGAGUAUUUGCCAUCACAAUAUGCUGGAAAGAAGCCCUUAGUAAAGGCUCCCAUUUCAUGGUCAAAGGCGAGCUAUUACAGAAAUCAUAUGGUCCGAUUGUUAAAGCAGCAUAAGGUGAUAAAGUUUACCCACACUGAUUCAAGACUUGCUAACAAUGGCCUUGCAUCCUCCAUCCAAAGGCUUAGGUGCCGUGCCAAUUACGAGGCUCUCCGGUACUCGAAGGACAUUGAGGACCUCGGAAAAGUUUUGGUCAGUAGACUCAGGAACAAUAGCGCACCUUUCAUUGCCUUGCAUUUAAGAUAUGAGAAGGACAUGCUUGCCUUCACCGGCUGCAGCCACAAUCUUACUGCUGAAGAAGCUGAAGAUCUUACGAUAAUGAGGUACAGUGUCAAGCAUUGGAAGGAGAAAGAGAUUGACGGCGUAGGAAGGCGGCUUCAAGGGGGAUGUCCGAUGUCCCCUAGAGAAGCAGCUCUGUUCCUCAAGGCCAUGGGCUACCCUUCCACCACAACCAUUUACAUUGUUGCAGGGGAAAUUUAUGGCCAGAAAAGCAUGGAAGCCUUCCGUUCGGAGUUCCCAAAUGUCUUUACUCAUUCCACUCUGGCCACUGAAGAAGAGUUGGAGCCCUUCAAACCAUACCAAAAUCGCCUUGCUGCCUUGGACUAUAUUUUGGCCCUGGAAAGUGAUGUCUUUGUUUAUACAUACGAUGGAAAUAUGGCCAAGGCAGUGCAAGGGCAUAGGCGAUUUGAAGGGUUUAGAAAGUCCAUCAACCCCGACAGGCAAAAUAUCGUUAGACUUGUAGAUCAAUUGGACGCCGGUGAAAUAACUUGGCAAGACUUUUCUUUGGAGGUUAAAAGUUUACAUUCAAGGAGGCUGGGAGCACCAUACCCUAGACAACCUGGAGACUCGCCCAGGCAUGAGGAAAAUUUCUAUUCAAAUCCUUUUCCAGGUUGCAUCUGCAACCAGACUCGGGAACAAAUUGCCAGCUUGAACCUUGAGACGGUGUUGACUGCGAGAGCUGCAUCACAAAAAUAGGGUGUUCUUUGGCAAGUAUAAAUGUGGCUCACUCUCCGGAUUAAACAAAUACAUUGCUCGGAAUGUUGGCUGAUAUGGGGAGAAUUUGAAUUGACCUGCAUUUUAACUGUUAGGAGAAAGUAGCAGCCACUAGCAGGGUCAAGAAGCUUUUGAGGCUUCUUGCGUAUUCGGAGAAUACUAAUUUGGUUUUGCUAUUAGGAUUUCGGAUAGAGAACUUUCUCUGCAGUUAGGAAAGCAGAGAAAGUCAUGUAUAAAUCUGAUGGAGAGAUUAGUUACAGAGGAAUAGAGAAUAACACAAUACAAAAUACCUGUUAGUUACAGCAUUCCAUUAAUUUAUCAUUCUUCUCUGA